AGCAGGCCAUAGAGGACAGUAGGUGCCAUGAGUUGGUGUGUCUGGGCAGUCCACACAGUGGGUGAUGGGGGUGGAGCAAGUGCUGCUGGGAGCACUGGAGGUGGCAGGGCCAUGUUGUAGAGUGCACCCAUGCACGGUGCAUGCACAUGCAGAGUGCACCACAAAACAAUACACCUGCAGGUGCACCCAGACACACACCUACAUCCACUGUGCACUGUGAGGGGUGUGCUGGGCCUGUCCCGCUCGCACAUCACUGCUUGACUGCUGUGGCUGUAACCACAUUGGGCCUUCAACACUAAAACGUGCAUAUUGCCUGUAGUAGGCAUGUUCUCUGGUGUAUGUUUCUUGGGAAGAACCUGGUGGCAGAUAGCUGCAGAAAGCAGGGUGGCAGUGAACUCCCCACAGAGGCUCUGAUGCCGCCCUGGUUUGUUUCCCUGCUAGCUGGGAGCAGCAGUGUUCGCAGCCAGGUGCUGCUGCUGCCAAAGGGCUGCAUCCCUCAUCCCGCAAGCAGAGUGUUCAGCAGGGCUCUGCUGCGGAUGCCUGAUCUCAGCUCCUGCCUCCCCUCCGGCCUGGAAGCCCCCAUGGAACCAGCCCUUCUGUGACAUCAGCCCUGGCACCGAGGGCAACGUGGGUGCUGUGGCAGUUCGGCAGCUGCUGCAGUGGUGGCCACCAGCCCUCAGCUCUUCAGCACUUAUGGGCCUAUGGCAGUUAUGGAUUUGCUUUCCCUGUUUGUUCUGCUGGCCAUGUGCUGGCCUGCCCAUGGCACACAGGACAGCUGUGGGACCUGCGGGCUCCGGCCCAUGGCUGUGUAUCACGGCAUGUCACGCAUCGUCGGAGGCACAGAUGCCCAGCCAGGCUCCUGGCCAUGGAUUGUCAGCAUCCAGACGAUCUUGCAAAGAGGCAUGGGGCACACCUGCGGAGGGUCCCUCAUCAGCCCACAGUGGGUCCUCUCAGCAGCCCACUGCUUCAUGGAGGCCAGGUACAUCCCGAUGUGGCGCGUGGUGAUUGGGGCCACCCAACUGUCUCAGCUGGGCCCUGAGGUCCAAGUGCGUGGUAUUAAGCAGCUGAUCGUUCACGAACUCUACACCAACAUCUCAGAGGGGAAUGACAUCGCCUUGCUGGAAUUGGACCGGCCUGUCCAGUGCAGCAACUACAUUCAGCUUGCCUGUGUGCCCGACGCCUCACUGGCAGUGUCCCAGCUGACAGACUGCUACAUCAGUGGCUGGGGUUCAACGGAAGCAGGAUCAAGAGAAACUGCUGAUAUCCUCCAGGAGGCCAAGGUCCAACUCAUUGAUGUCAACACCUGUAACAGCAGCCGGUGGUAUCAAGGGGACAUCUUUAGCCACAACUUAUGCGCCGGGUACCCACAGGGCGGCAUCGACACGUGCCAGGGUGACAGCGGUGGUCCUCUCGCGUGCAAAGAUAACAAUGCCGACUACUUCUGGGUUGUGGGAGUGACCAGCUGGGGGAAAGGCUGUGCGAGAGCACAACAGCCGGGAGUCUACACCUCCACUCAGCACUUCUAUGACUGGAUCCUCGUACAGCUGGGACUGCACCCAGCAACAACAGCUAAUCCAACACCACAGCCAGUCUUCACCUCACCCCCCACUCAGAGGCCAAGGCCAAGGCCAAAGCCAAAGCCAAAGCCAAAACCAAAGCCAAAGCCAAGACCAACAGAAUCGGGCACUGAUAACUCCUGCCCAUUUCCACAGCAGAAGCUGGUGGAACUCCUUACUCAGGUGCAGGAGCUCCUGCAGACCCUAAAGGAAAAAAGGCCUUCAGCUGCAGGAUGAACAGGAGCCACGGCAGGCUGCAGUGUACCACAACCAUUUCCUUCUGGGGCAAUGCCUGCUUAUUCAAAAGCAGCCUCAGUGUCAAAGGCCUGCUCCAUCUUCCCAUGCUCUUCAUAAUUCAGACAAAUGUUGACUUGUUCCUGAAAUAAAGUUAUUUGUUUUCACAGCUAAGCAUGCAUCACUGCAACUUAGUCUCCUGUGCAAGGCAAGCACUUCCAUGCCC